AUGAUGGAGCCUGAUGAGGAUCUGAUUUUGACGUCUGGCAUGCCGCCGGAGCCGGAGAUGGAUGAUCCAAAGGUGCUGGCCGCCUGGCCGCCUGCAAGGCCAAUACGGUUUCCCUUUAUUUUAAAGAAAAGAGCAGCUACCACCCACCAACAGUUCCUAUGCCGAGUGAAGCAAAGCACAGAGAGCAGAGGAAAAAGGAGAGAAGUAAAAACAGUGAACGCGUCAGUCUGCUUCACUCGUGCACUCCUAGGAAAGGCCCAUGUUGUUCCGGAUCCAGAAUGGAGGAUUCGGGACUUCGGAAAGACCCAUGUUCCAGAUUUCGAAUGGAGGAUUGAUGACUUCUCAUCACUGCUUAAGACUGGAUCUAAGAGAGCAACAUCUGGCCCUUUUCACUGCUCUGGUUAUAACUGGGACCUGCAAGUGAGUCUAAUGCAUAAAGAAGCUGGUUCUGUAACUCCAUAUGUUGCCCUUCGUCUUGCGUCAUCCACACUAAGCUUGGUGCCAGCUCACACAGUGCAUGCGGUGUUUGAGUUGUCAAUAUGCAACCAUUCAAAAGGAAUGUACUAUGGAUGCAAAGUUCACUAUCUUGGUAUCUUCUCUGGCUUUCUGAACUGGGGUGAUGCUAGCUACAACUUUGAUUUCAAGAAUUUCUACUCGAAGGAGCAUUGCUUGAUUCCUCUUAAGAAGCUGCUGAAAUCAUCUGCUUUUCUAGUUGAUGAUGGUUGUGUCUUUGCUGUGGAGAUAUUAAAAAUUGAUGUCUGCUCUCCUGAAAAGAAGGCUGUUGUGGUUCAGAAGAAGGCUACCACAGUUCAGAACCUCUUUGUCCAGGAGAAGGGGUUCGUCAAAGGGACAUACACCUGGAACAUGAACAAUUUCCUUGAACUGGACUUGGAUCACUGUGUCCGUUCUCCUACAUUUGAAGUUGGCGGGCAUAAAUGGUGCAUCAGCAUGUACCCGCGUGGUGACUUGUACAGCACUGAUUGCCUCAGCUUGUACUUAUCCCUGGAUGCCUCGAAUGAGCUCCAUCUCGAGUCCAAGAAGGUGGCUGUAAUGACUCUGUCCAUCCUGAACCAAAAGAAUGGGAAACACUUGACUAAAACUUCAGGUCUCUUCAUAUGUGAUGGCGGAUGGGGUUGGCCUAACUUUCUUGCUCUCAAGAAACUCAAGAAAGGCUAUGUUGUAGGGUCGAGCUGCAUUGUGAAGGCAGAUCUCACUAUCGUUGGUUUAUCCAAUGAUGGCUAG